AUGGCGCUGGGCUUGGAGCAGGCGGAGGAGCAGCGGCUGUACCAGCAAACGCUCCUGCAGGACGGGCUCAAGGACAUGCUGGACCACGGCAAGUUCCUGGACUGCGUGGUGCGGGUGGGCGAGCGCGAGUUCCAGUGCCACCGCCUGGUGCUGGCCGCCUGCAGCCCCUACUUCCGCGCGCGCUUCCUGGCCGAGCCCGAGGGCGCGGGCGAGCUGCGCCUGGAGGAGGUGUCCCCGGACGUGGUGGCGCAGGUGCUGCACUACCUGUACACGUCGGAGAUCUCGCUGGACGAGGCGAGCGUGCAGGAUCUGUUCGCCGCGGCGCACCGCUUCCAGAUCCCGUCCCUCUUCACCAUCUGCGUGUCCUUCCUGCAGAAGCGCCUGUGCCUCGCCAACUGCCUGGCCGUCUUCCGCCUCGGGCUCCUGCUCGACUGCGCGCGCCUGGCCGUGGCCGCCCGCGACUUCAUCUGCGCGCGCUUCUCGCUGGUGGUGCGCGACGCCGACUUCCUCGGGCUCUCGGCCGACGAGCUCAUCGCCGUCAUCUCCAGCGACGACCUGAACGUGGAGAAGGAGGAGGCGGUGUUCGAGGCGGUGAUUAGCCGCGUGGAGCGCCACCCGCUGGUGCGCGCCCAGCCCGAGCUGCUGCGGAAGCUGCAGAUGGUGAAGGAGGCGCACGAGGGCCGCCUCACCGUGCUGCGCAAGAAGGACAAGGGGAGGGCGGCCAAGGGGGGCGCGGGCGGGGCCGAGGCCGCGGAGGCCGAGGACGAGCGCGUCCUGCCUGGCAUCCUCAACGACACCCUGCGCUUCGGCAUGUUCCUGCAGGACCUCAUCUUUAUGAUCAGCGAGGAGGGCGCCGUGGCCUACGACCCGGCGGCCAACGAGUGUUACUGUGCCUCCCUCUCCACCCAGAUCCCCAAGAACCACGUCAGCCUGGUGACUAAGGAGAACCAGGUCUUCGUGGCCGGGGGCCUCUUCUACAACGAGGACAACAAAGAGGACCCCAUGAGCUCUUACUUUUUGCAGUUUGACCACCUGGACUCCGAGUGGCUGGGGAUGCCACCGCUGCCUUCGCCGCGCUGCCUCUUCGGCCUGGGGGAGGCUCUCAACUCCAUCUUCGUGGUCGGGGGCCGGGAGCUCAAGGACCGGGAAAGCAGCCUGGACUCGGUCAUGUGCCUCUCCUCCAGGUCUUUCAAAUGGGGCGAAUCGGACCCUCUGCCUUAUGCGGUGUACGGCCACGUGGUGGUCUCCCAUAUGGACCUCGUCUACGUCAUUGGCGGCAAAGGCAGUGACAGGAAGUGCCUGAAUAAGAUGUGCGUCUAUGACCCUAAGAAGUUCGAGUGGAAGGAGCUGGCACCCAUGCAGACUGCCCGAUCACUCUUCGGGGCCACCAUCCAUGACGGCCGCAUUUUUGUGGCUGCCGGGGUCACGGACACAGGGCUGACCAGUUCAGUCGAGGUGUACAGCAUCACAGACAACAAGUGGGCGCCCUUUGAGGCCUUCCCGCAGGAGCGCAGCUCGCUCAGCCUGGUCAGCCUGGCUGGCACCCUCUAUGCCAUUGGUGGCUUUGCUACUCUGGAGACCGAGUCUGGGGAGCUGGUCCCCACCGAACUCAAUGACAUCUGGAGAUACAACGAGGAAGAGAAGAAAUGGGAGGGUGUGUUGCGGGAGAUUGCCUACGCCAACGGCGCCACCUUCCUACCUGUGCGGCUCAACGUGCUGCGCCUGACCAAGAUGUGACCAGCCUGGGGCUCCUGAACUAAGCAUCCUCCCAUCCUGUGGCCCACACAGGCUGGGCCUUCUGGGGACUACAGGCAGGAGGCUGGGAGAGGCCAGGGCCCACCUGGGUCUGAGAGGCUGCUUCAGCCAGGGAAGGUAACAGCUGCCCAGUCCUAGCCUUGGGGCAGGGCCGAGGACCUUUAGGCCUCUCCAGUGUCUCCAUAUCCCCCAGGCUUCCAUCCUUGAGCCAGAACCACAGGGAUGUAUCCCAGGCUGCAUCCUGGCCCUGCCCCAGCCUAUCUGCGUGUGCCAGUAAAUUCCCCACAGGACCCCGUCCUCGCUGUCAGGUGGGGACGGUCCCCACCGAGUGUUCCCUGCAGCAGGUACAUCUCCUUCUGUGAGAAUAAUAAAGUGCCUUCUGAGCAAGCAGCUCAGGGUCUGGAA